GACCAAGCUUUAUCUUGAUUAUUUGAUAGCCAGCAUAAUGCUAAUAUAUACACGCUUUUCUUGAUUCAGUACUUGGCUACAACUAGCCGAGAUCCGAUGCAACAGCUGGUUUGCUAGUUGAUAAGGUACUUUAAGUGGACAUGCAAAACUAUUUUAGUGACCUAACCCGAAUUGUAUUUUGUCAGUACGACUUAUGACUGCAACGUUUGCAAGUCUGCCAGUUCAUGUGAAGCGUAACGCGUCCAGAACGUACAUUACAAUGACAUUUGGAACAGUACCGUAACGCGUGCCUUUAGUGCUUGUUGGCACUAACUACUAGCUAGUUCCGGGGUCUACCUAGUCCGAGAAACAAAAUGGUCUAAACCACACACCAAGAUAUUUUCCAGAACAGGUCAAGUGAUCAUCCAUCCUCUCGGAUAAAACGUCACGAAAUCUCUUUUUCUUUCUGUGUCUGAAUCUGUCAUUUGCUUUCGUGGAAUUAUUGUUCGGCAUAUGGAGUAACAGUUUAGGUUUGAUAUCAGAUUCCUUCCACAUGUUCUUUGACUGCACAGCACUCUUAGCGGGACUUGCAGCUUCAGUCAUAUCCAGGUGGAGGUCCAAUGACUCCUUCUCAUAUGGGUACGUGAGAGCAGAGGUGUUGGCUGGGUUUGUGAAUGGCCUUUUCCUCAUUUUCACAGCCUUUUUCAUUUUCUCAGAGGGAGUAGAGAGGGCUUUGGAGCCACCGGAUGUUCAUCAUGAGCGUCUGCUACCUGUAUCAGUUGCAGGGCUGCUGGUCAAUCUGGUGGGCAUCUUUGUGUUCCAACAUGGAGGCCAUGGGCAUUCCCAUGGUGGGGAUGGAGGUCAUGGCCACAGCCACAAUGGCAGUAUGAGUCACGGACACAGCCAUAGAGGACUCGCUCAUGAACAUGAACAUGGGCACAGCCAUGGAGGGCAUGGCCACUUUCAUAAUGAGCCCCACUGUCAAGAUGACCACCUGCACACACCCGGGAAGGGCUCAAGCAAACAGAUCCUAGAAGGAGUGUUUCUACAUAUUGUUGCUGACACUCUGGGAAGCAUUGGAGUGAUAAUUUCGGCUAUCCUAAUGCAAAAGUAUGACCUGAUGAUCGCUGAUCCAGUCUGCUCCAUGCUCAUUUCUAUUCUCAUUGGAGUCAGUGUGGUGCCACUGCUAAGGGAAUCUAUUGGGAUAUUAAUGCAACGUACUCCACCAUCACUGGACAUUGCCCUACCAGAGUGCUACCAGAGGGUGCAGCAGCUGCAGGGAGUAUAUAAUCUGCAAGAGCCUCACUUCUGGACCCUAUGCACAGAUGUUUAUAUUGGCACCCUGAAGCUCCUUGUGGCCCCCGAUGCUGAUGUCCGCUGGAUACUGAGCCAAACACACAAUAUUUUUACACAAGUUGGAGUUCGGCAACUCUACGUCCAGAUUGAAGUGUCAACAAUGUAGAUUCAAAAAACAUUUUAGACAAAGAAAACACUCAUAUCCUUGAAAAGUCCUGGGACCAAAGCCCUCUGUGCUGCUGUGGGAUUUCCUCCCCACCUUGUUUCCCCUAUUGAAAGCUGCACCUCUCAGGGUCCCUCUUUGUUCAUAUCCAUGACCAUGGACCAAGACAGAAGCAGCUACAAGAAGUACAUGCAACUCUGACCAACCAAGAAAAUGAGGAAUAUCCCAUGUGCCAUUACAUUCCCUGUUGAAUGUCUACACCACCUAGAUGAAUGAAUAAAUACAUGUGUAGAAUUUACUUUUAAAAUGUUUUUACUUUUAAACUUUAGGUUACAAUAUGCAACAAAAGGUGUAAAGCAUUUAGAUUGUAGGAAUUAAAAUUGCCAAAGGUGGAAACUUU